UUAAUGUGUUUGUGUGUGUGAGAGAGAAAGAGGCAGAGAGAGAAAGAGAGAGGCAGAGAGAGGGAGAAAGAGAAAGAGAGAGGCAGAGAGAGGCAGAGAGAGGGAGAAAGAGAAAGAGAGAGGGAGAAAGAGAGGGGGGAGCGUGUUUGGCAGUCGACGAUGAGUAUUUGCAGACUUUUAAAACCAAACUUGAGGAAUUUCUUUGCCACACAGAUCAGGAUGUCGUCUGAUCAGCUUGGAGAGCUGGGUAAAGGAGUAGGGAAGGGAGGAGGAGGAGGCGGCGCAGUGCGGGAGGCAGGAGGAGCUUUUGGCAGGAGGCAGGCAGCUGAGGAAGAAAUGUACUUCAAGAGGAAAGAGCAUGAACAGUUGGCCGUUCUGAGGAAACACCAUCAGGAAGAGAUUGAUCACCAUAAGAGAGAGAUUCAGCGUCUACAGCAGGAGAUCAUCCGUCACGAGGGCAAAAUCCGCAAACUCAGGCUUGACGACUGAGUUCAUCAGAUCUUCCAGUCUUGACGAGUCUCUCCAUGUUGGUGUUUUAUGUGUGUGUGUGAUUAGUUGUUCACAUUAUGGUUGGACUGAAUUAAAAGAGGGGCACGGAUUAACCAGGAUAUUGAUGCUUCUUUCUACAAACUGCUUAGGUUUUUUUUCCUUUUCACAUUGUCACUGAAUGGCAUUCUGGCCACACCUUCUAUGCAGAAAGAAGGCCUUUCAACUCAGGAGAGCGUGGACUUAGCAAGUAGUGCAUGCUCACAGUAGGCUACAGUUUUAUAAUGGAAUUAGCACAGCUUUUCAAAUCGUUAUGAUAGCUAUGCGACAGGUGCACUGACCACAUAACAGCUGCGGAUGUUUUGACCCGUUGAUAAGAUUGGGGUGAAGUCGGUGGUCCCCACCGCAGGUCCUGGAGAGCUACCUUCCUGCAGAGUUUAGUUCCAACCAGCUGCCCCUCCCCUUACUUAACUCUAGCAUCUAAUCUAGCCAAUCAGGGGCUUAGGAGGAGGCUGAUUCGCUGGAGUACGUGUGGCAAAUUGUGGUUGGAACUCGGCUCUGCAGGAUGGUAGCUGUCCAGGACCACGGCUGGAGACCCCUGGGUUCAAUGUAAAUGAUUGAAGUUCAGUCAGACGGCCACAUGAUGGCGAUACUUGCGCGUCUUCUGCUUAAAGCAAGAUGAGACGAGCAAGUGCAGAGAGGCCAUGAUUUAGUUUGAAUUUUCUGGAUUUUUAUCUGGAGAUAACAAAGUUGUUGCCAUGGGACAGAAAGUUAAUUAUCUUGUGAUCUCAAGAUAACACAUUUAUCUUGAGAUAAUGAGUUAAUGGUGUUGUACCUUCAAGAUAGCUUUGUAGGUUCAAAGUUGUUAUCUUGAGAUCACAAGAUCACUAACACAUUAUCCGACAAUAACAGUCCAGAAAGUUAUAGGGAGAGCUCAUGGCCUCUCCGGACUUCUGUAAGUGCCUGUGUUGCUGUUGGUGCACUUGCAUCCUAUACACCAUAGUGCUGCACUGGCAAAACUGGGGUGUCCAGUCCUGGUCCUGGAGAUCUACCACGUCUGAUGUUUGUCAUGAAGGCCUUCAUGGGAGUCUGAAUAACAGAGCCAGGAGUGUUGUGUCUGAACUGUCUCAAGUGGGGCAGAUGUCCAGAACCAAGACGGGUCAUUCCUAAGCUAGUCCACUCUAGAAAAACAAAAAAAAAACAACUACCCGUUUGUUCAGGUGAGGACUUUUAUUUUAAAAUAACUUCGACAUGUAAUUCAGUCCUGGCUUAUAGAUGGAUAGAUA